AUGGCAUUGUGUGGCAAAACCUUCAAUCGCAGCUCAAACCUUUCUAAACAUCGGAGAAUCCACGCAGGGGACAGGCCCUACAAAUGCAGUAAUUGUGGGAAAAGCUUCACUCACAGAUCAGCCCUUUCUGUGCAUCAGAGAAUCCACACAGAUGAGAGGCCCUAUGAAUGCAAUGAGUGUGGGAAAAGCUUCACUCACAGAUCAGCCCUUUCUAGACAUCAGAGGAUCCACACAGGUGAAAGACUCUAUGAAUGCAGUGAGUGUGGGAAAACCUUCAACCACAGCUCAAACCUUAUUACCCAUCAAAGAAUUCACACAAGGGAGAGGCCGUAUAAAUGCUGUGAGUGUGGAAAAUGCUUCAUUAAGAGUUCAGCCCUUUCUGAGCAUCAGAGAAUCCACACAGGGGAGAGGCCCUAUGAAUGCAGUGAGUGCGGGAAAACCUUCUCUUGGCACUCAGCCCAUGUUAGCCAACAGAGAAUCUGCAAAGGAGAUCAACAUUGUAAAAAUCUCUAGGGGUAUCAAGACUUUCUUUUCUUUAAUACUUUUCCUGAUUCCCACAUAGUAACUUUUAAAGCUCUUUGAACUGUUUGCAGCACCGUUAUCCCUCAGCUUGUCCAGAUGAGUGGCCCAUUUUUGCCUUUUGCAGUUCGCCCUCUUUUGAGAUGGACCUAUUUGUCCUUUCUAUUGUACCACAAGUAAUUUGACUGUGCCUUUCCUAUGAGGAACCAGGGAGCGUCACAUUUAUACUAUUCCUCCUAUUGCAAAGUUAUUGUUAGAGUCACCAGUGAUACAGAUUGUAUCAUUGACAGUUGUUCUCACGUUGCUCUGGGUUGUGCUGAAGCGCAGUUAUACUGGGAAUUUUUCAAAUUAGAUGUAAAUGAAGAGGAGCUGGGGCAGGAAAAAGGUGUCAUUUCAGCUUCCGUGACACUGGAAGGAGAUGGGGUGACUCAAAGAUUCCCUCCUUCCCCUUCAGUGCAGAACUGUUAUCUUUUGCCUGAGUCAUGCAGAGUUUAUGUUCAUCGCAUUCUAUCCAUCCACUUCUCAAAGUGUCAUGUGAUGAAGCAUUCUCUGUUGUCUGUGCUUGCAGAUGAUGUUUUUACUACUUUAAUCCUAUAUCAGAGUCGCUGUGACUGGAGAUGAGUGUCAAAAGUCCUGGGAGGGGAAUUCAAAUGGAUCCCAAAUAGAGUGUGAUCAUUUAGAGUUUAAAUCUCAGGUUCCAUUUAUUGUAAAGCCAUUUCUGGC